AAACCACUAUUUUGUUUGUCCAUCAUGGCUGCGCCCUUAGUUCAAUGUGAAAGUAAACAAUCAUGGUGCCAUGAAGUAACCUUGCGUUUCGGAUAGAGUCACCGAAGUAUGUUGGAAUUUCAGCGAUAGCUCGGAUAGAUAAGUUUAUAUCAUAAAUGGCUUUCCGUGUGAGCAUCUCGAUUUUCCGGAAAUCUUUACGUUUUCCGAGAGUUGCUAACGUGUCUGCGCCACUGGAAAAUGCGUCACUGUUUCUCAGAACCGGAUGGGCUGCCCGUCGUCCAGGGACCAAUAAUGGACACGGUUUUCCCUUCACUCCUGCCUGUUUUAUUACAUCGGAUGCGUUUUUGAGCAGACUGGCGAAAGGCAAAGCGGCGGAGACAGAUGACACUCUUUAUCACUAUCCAGCCUCAGUUCUGCCCGACAGCGCUGAACAAUUAUCAUUGCUGGUGAAGGAUCCAGAUCAACCAGAGAACUCAAAGGUUUUAAGAGUGGCCAUCAUUGGUGCCCCAAAUGCUGGGAAGUCCACACUGUCCAACCAACUGCUUGGCAGAAAGGUGUUUGCUGUUUCCAAGAAAGUGCACACCACACGGUCCCGUGCCCUCGGCGUUCUCACAGAAGACGACACACAGAUUAUUUUACUGGACACUCCUGGACUCACUACACCUACAAAAGUCAAGAGGCACCAGCUGGAGAAGUCUCUCCUCGAGGAUCCUUGGAAUACAGUCAAGGAAGCUGGCCUCGUGGUGGUAAUGGUGGAUGUGUCAGACAAGUGGGCCUGCAACAAGCUAGACUUUGAGGUCCUGAAAUGCCUGACCCAAUACCCAGAUGUCCCAGCAGUCCUAGUUCUCAAUAAGGUUGACCUGCUGAAGAGCAAGAGCAGGUUGUUGGAGAUCACAGCAGAUCUGACAUGUGGAGUGGUGAACGGGCGGAAGCUGCAGGUCCGCAGUGUGAUCAAGCCCCCCUGGGCUGAGAGGAGGACAGACAGGGAGGCCAGGACAUCAGGGUCUGGAGAUGAGGACAAGCCGGGUGGUGAUGUGGCUCCUGGUGAGGGCAGUGAGGCCCAGUCAGGGCUGAGUAAGGAGCAGCUUAGGGCUCUGAAGACCCAACAGGGCUGGCCUCACUUCAAGGACGUCUUCAUGCUCUCUGCUGUGGAUGGAGAGGAUGUGGAGACACUGAAGACAUACCUAGUAGUGGGGGCAAAGCCUGGGUCUUGGCAAUACCACAGUGAUGUCCUGACAGAUCAGACUCCUGAGGAGGUCUGCACCAACACUGUCAGAGAGAAGCUUCUGGAAUAUCUGCCCAAAGAAGUCCCUUACACAAUGACACAGGCCAUUGACUUGUGGCACGACAGGGAGAAUGGAGAGCUGGAUAUAGCAGUAAAACUGUAUGUGAAGAAAGAAAGUCACAUGAAAAUGGUGAUUGGCCAGGCUGGUCAGAUGGUUGCCAGGAUAGCCAGAGAGGCUGGAGAUGACCUGAGCACUGUGUUCCUCAGGCAGGUCAAGCUGAGGCUGUCUGUGAAGGUGAAGAACUGACGAGGAUUAUGAUAAACUGAGUAUUAUGAUAAUCUGGGGGAACAGUAUUAUGGUGGCCUAGUGAGUAGGAAAUGAACACUGUUGGACUCUAUGGAUUCUCUGAACACUAUUUUCAAGGAGAGAUCUGACUGGUUUCUACUGCUUGACUAUGGACAGACCUGUAGCUAAACUGUGCUGCUGAGAGCUUGUAAAGACUCAUCAUGAGUCAGCUAAUGUGAGAGCUAUCAGAAACAGAGAGACAGCGCUCUCUCCCCUUGAACUUGGUCCCAGCCUCAUCUACAGUAAUUUCUCUCAAGGGUCAGCAUAUUGUGUUCUUGCGUAAGCAUUCUUCUUAAGUAAAGGAUGACUUGCACAUAUUCGUUUUUCCUUUUAGAGCUUCUCUAACAUUUUCUUGUAAUUUACAUUUUGACCUCUUAAUUAAACAGCUAUAUUUUGGUGUAGAGUGUGUGUGUGGGAGGGGGGGUGGGGGUUGGGCAAGCUGUGAAAAGGUUGCUGGUUUAUCUUGUGCUUCAAGAAGCUUCUCCUUGGCAGUAGACCUUUGCUAGCCUGGCCUGCUGAUAAUUGAACUGGGAGUAGCACAGUCAUGUUAUGUCUGUUGAAUGUCCCUGUUGUUCUAUCCACCCCCUGCCUCUCUCCGUCUCGCACUCUCUCUCUCAGCUGCCCACAGCAUUGCUGUCCCCUCAAGCCUCCAUUUCAAUCACUCUUUCCUUUGUCUCUCUCAUAGCAAAACACAGCCCCUGAGAACUGAAUUGACAACUCUUUAAUGGAAGGCAAAAUGGAGCGCUAACCUGCUUGUAAAAUGGGUCAGAUAGUGAUUAGGUUAAUUUCUCCCCCUCCCUGUGAGUUUGCUCGGUGCUUCUUUCACUAUCCAGGCUAUUUUGAUGAAUAACAAGUGUGUGCCCUCUGUGGCCUAAAGCAAGGGCAAAGAGCGAGAAAGAGGAAAGGCUGGAGUGUCUCAAUGAAGAGAUGGUGAGAGAGGGCUGUGAUGUCUGUUUACUGUGUACAGAAACAGCUGCUCUCCAUUGAUUACUGACAUUUACACUGCUAACAACUUGUGUAGAAUGCUAGAUGUGAUCUCUGAUUAGACAAACCAACUGCUUUUAAAAAGCUGUACACUAUAUAUGAAAUUAUAAAUAAAAGUAUACAUUCAUACAA